CCGGCCGCGCUCUGAGGGGCCGGGGCAUGUGCGGCGGCGCGGGCGGCGGGGGAGCGGCGCCCCAGAGCCGCGCCGCGCCGCUUCCUGCCGCUAUAAAUAGCGCCCGGCCCAACAUGUCCCGGCCGCCGCAGCGGCUGCAGCGCCGGCGGGACCCGCCGUGCCCUCCCGCCGCCUCGCCCGCACGGAGCGCGCUCUUCCAAGCCAAAUUGGGGACGAUGGUGCAGAGACCCAGGAGGCCAUGUAAAAAAGAGAAGGUGCUCUCAGAGCCUCGUCUUGGGAGCCUUGCCUUCAGUGCAGGAUUGUGCAACCUGGGAAAUGUUACUGCAAUUUAAUUAACUUCAGAAAGUGUAUUCUGGACUGAAUUUACCAGACCUCCUAUUCUAUGCAAGCAUCUCCUGCUGGUGACCAGGUUUCUUAGCAAGAGCAGAUAGAGCUCAGCCUUCCACCAUGCCUGUGCCUCCCCCUCCAGCUCCCCCUCCACCCCCAACACUGGCCUUGGCAAAUACUGAAAAGCCAUCCCUAAGCAGGUCAGAACAAGCAGGGCGAAAUGCUCUAUUAUCUGAUAUUACCAAAGGAAAAAAGCUCAAGAAGACUGUUACUAAUGACAGAAGUGCUCCAAUUCUAGACAAACCCAAAGGAUCUGGUGGAGGUGGCUUUGGAGGAGGUGGCAGUGGCGGGGGUUUUGGUGGUGGCAGUGGUGGUGGCUUCAGUGGCGGUGGACCACCUGGCCUUGGAGGCCUUUUUCAAGCAGGAAUGCCGAAGCUCAGAUGUACUGCAAAUCGAGAUGCUGACGCCGGGGGAGGCCGGCCGCCCGUCCUGCCGCCCGGAGGCCGCUCCGCCGCCGCCAAGCCCUUCACCCCGCCGAGCGGCCCGCCGCGCUUCCCGGGGCCGCCCUCGGGGCCGCGCACCGCCGCCCCGGACCCGCAGAGGAGCCGCGUGCCGCCGCCGAGGCCCGACGCCGGCUCCAAGCCCGAGGCGGCGCCGCCGCCGGUGCCCAGCACGCCCCGGCCCAUCGCCUCCAGCCUGCACAACCGGGGCUCGCCGCCGGUGCCGGGGCUGAGCCGGCAGCCCAGCUUGGGGCCCUCGCCCCCGCCCUUCCCGGGCAGCCGGGGCGCGGGAUCGAGCGCGCCCCUCCGGCAGCCGAGCCCCGGCGCGGCGCCCCCCUUCUCGGGCCGCCCGCCGCUGCCGCCCACCCCCGGCCGGCCGGCGGAGGACAAGCCGCCGCCUCCGCCGCCGCCCCCCGCCGGGCACCGGCCGCCCGCCGCCCGGGAGGCCUCUCUGCCGCCACCGCCGCCGCAGAACAGCAAACCGCCCGUGCCCGCCGCCCCCCGGCCCAACCUCGGCGCCCCGGCGCCCCCGCUGCCCCCCGGCCGGCCGGGGCCGCCCCCCGUCCCGCCCGCCCCCGCCGGCGGCGACGAGAUGCCGCGGCUGCCGCAGAGGAACAUCUCGCUGGGGUCGUGCCCGGCGCCCGGCGGGGGCCGCUCCGGACCGCUGCCCCCGCCGCCCGGCGAGAGGCCGCCGCCGCCCGUCAGAGACCCGCCCGGCCGCACAGGCCCGCUCCCACCACCUCCUCCCAUCAGCAGGAACGGAAGCACUUCGAGGGCUUUGCCCACUACUCCCCAGCUGCCUUCCCGGGCAGGGCUGGACAGCCAGAGAGGUGGACCGCGACCUCCGCUUCCCCCCGACCGGCCGGGCUCGGCAGCGCCACCGCCGCCACCGCCACCUUCAGCAGCUGUCAGAAACGGCUUCCAGGAUCCAGGUGAUGAUGAAUGGGAAAGCAGAUUUUCUUUUCAUCCAAUAUCUGAUUUGCCACCUCCAGAGCCAUAUGUACCCAUGAACAGAAGUUAUCCAAGUAAACUAGCCAGAAAUGACAGUAGAGGUGGGUCUGUCCGAAAAGAAAGAGGUGCCCCCCCGCUCCCACCUAUACCAAGGUGAAAUGGGUUCUGGCCCAUCUUUGGGUGACGUCUGUUUGCAAGUUUCCUUCAAGUCAGCUCUCCUGUCCACAUGACUGGAAAGUUGUCUGUCUUGAUUGAUUUCCACUCUUGGCUUGUCAGCUGGAACGAACUUCAGUCUCUGUUACAGAAGUAAUAGAUGUGGCUUGUGGACUAUAGUUGCUCAAAGCUAUGAAUUUUAUUCGCUUAAACUGCAGGCAUUUUGUGGACCCUACAGACCUUAUGUGCAUCAUGCUUACUGUGUCCAACCCCCAUGCCCUGGAGAGCUCCGUGGGAGAUCUGGCUUUGAAUUUGAUAGAGCUUGAACAAAGUUGUUUCAUUCACUUUGGGUACAGUAGCCAUAUUAUUUUAAUGAUAAAGUAUUUGAUGUUUAAAAAAACAGUUGCUGGGUAAAAAAGUGUAGCCAGGAGUCCCCUGGAUCCUUCUUUGCAUGCUUACUCAGCCUAUCUGCUUCUGCAAGCCAUACUUGCAGAACUACUACAUGGUGACAAAGAGUUCAUCUUUAACUUUUUUACUUCGACUUAGUCAAGCAAACCUUAAACAAUGCACAGCACAUCCUGCCUCAAGGAUGGAGUGUCUCUGGCCUUUUUUUUCUACAGAGAAUCUUCCAAAGAAAAGCACAAGGGAAGAAUUCAUCAGCAUAAGAAUAUAUAUUUUUUUAACCCUCUUUCCUAUUUUUUUAAUAGUGUUACAUGUUGUGUGACCUGAUUCUUUCCUACUCCUAUGUGGACCAACCCAUAUCAUGUCAUCCGUGCCCUGGAUUACUGUAAUGCCCUCUGCCUGAUACUGCAUGCGAAGAGUCCUCAGAAAGUAGUCUGAGUGCAAACCCAGCAAUUAUUAUAGUUGCAGGCUCCUCCUGUAAAGCAUCACUAAUGCCAGUGCUCCACAGACUGCUUUCCAGUUGUUUCUUUGGUACAAUUAAAUGAUGGGGUUUGACUUAAGAAGCUCCUUAGCACUUAGGUCACAAGUCUCAGAGAACUUCGUUGACUUCCAUUAUGGCAGAGAAGCCAAGGUCAAAAAUGUUCCUCAGUGAAAGCCCUUUGAUGGUGUGAGGGGGGUCCAGGGUUUGUACAUUGAAGUGGGAGCAUCAAAAAUUUUCCAUCUGUGCUGGUUCAAGAAAAAUGGGCAGAUUUGGUUUUCUGAGUUGGUCAUGAAGCCUGUUCUUUCAAACUUUGCUGGAAGGAGUCUCAACAGAAAGUGGCAAGGCUUACAUUGGCAGAAGAAAGUAAACUAUUCUAACAUUGUGGUUAAUAUGUUUAAUGGCUUUUGAAUUUUGUGUGUGAGAAAAGAUCUCAUAGUAUGAGUGAAUUUUACAAGUGGAUCUAAGUGUGUAUAAAAUGCCUUUGGAAAUUAGAGGAAGAUUGUCAUUUUGGAUUUGAAAUACUGGUAAAUGAUAGCUCUUUGUUAAUCGGGCCUCUGAAGUUUAGCUCUGAAAAAUGUCCCCUUGGUCUCAUCAGCAGUAGAUUUCUUCACUGUGUUCCUUGGGAUCCUUACCAAGCCUGUGUCAGCAGCCGUACUUCACAGGGUGUUGCUCAAAAAAAUCCAAAAUAAAACAUAGAAACUAGUCAUGUAGGUUAAGAAAAUGUUUCUCUAACAUGGGAGACAUGAUCCUAAGUACACUCUGCGGCUCGAAUGAGGUCAGUUCUUGAAAACCUAGGGAAUUUAGCCAAAGAGUCUGGACCCUGCUGAAAUGUCUGCAUAGGGCUUUUUUGCUCUGUCUGUGAGCAGGGAGGGGCAGAUCUGCUUUCUGCCUGGCAGCCUGGACAUCACAUUGCAGGGGAUGAGACUAGAGUUGGAUUUGGCCAGAUCAAAUUUAAUUUGGUCUUUUCAGUGUUUGUUUACAAAAUCUUGUUAGCUGUGAUAGCAUUUGAUUAUGUACCUGUUUUUACAUUUUUUGUAUCUAAGGACUUAACUUACUGUUUAUGGUCUUGAACCUGCAAUUAAAUGCGCAGGCGCAGGGAUGUAUCUACAUCCAGUUGCAGGAUCCUGGCCGUAAGAGUUUCUUAAACAGAUACUGGUGGGACCUCCAUGUAACAGGUGCACCUUGGGAUCAAACCUGGCACAAUGCUGAAUUUGUAUAUGUAUUUUAUAGAUGUCACUUAAAGUGCCUGUCUCUUUGGGAUAUUACUUUGUGAAUAAAAGACCAAAUAAGAUUUUUAGGAUAAUAACUUAAAGGAUAAAUUAUUGUAUUCAUAUUUUAAAACUGAAGCACUUAAUACCUUUCUAAGGAACAAUAUUUUGAAUUUAAGAAUACAGUUUUUUCAGUACCUUGACCUGCCAAAUCCUUGUUAAUAUCCAAAUAGCUAUGCAGCCAAAAAAAAAACCCAAGCCUUCAGAAAUCUCUUUUUUAUAACUUACCUGCUUCCAACAUGACUGUUUUCCUUUGCUGAGUCAAUGAAAAUGUUGCCCAGUGUUCUGCCAGUUCUCUGUAUCAUUCAAAUUGUCUUGUAUUUGAUCAUUUCAGCAACAUUUGCUGACCAGAAAUCUGGACCACUACCAAAGACUUGGAAAACCAGCUUCAGUUUCACUUUAAAAUGGGCUGUGUAAAAGGCCCCCAGUUAACAAGCCAAGAAUCCUGAGCUGCUUCUGUUUUAGCAAUUCUUUUUCACUCUAGAAACCUCUUCAGAAUAGAUGUUUGGCAUACAUGUAAAAUAGCUUAAUCCUGCAGAAAGGGGCAUUUUUGUUCACAUAACAACAGCAUUUUCAUUUAUAUGUGUUGCUGUAAAAGUCCCUAGAUAUAUUCCAGAACAAUGCAGCAUUUUAUCAUUCAAUAUAUUGCUUCAUGUAGCAGUAGCUCUUUACAAUAUGAUCAGUAUUAUAGUAUUUAUUUCACUAUGAAGUGUUAAAAAAAAAUAAUACAAAACAGGUUGAAUCAAUGGUGCCUUAUGACUUUUUAGUCAACUUUUCUGUGUCUCAAUAGAAGAAUUAAUAGACAUUGCUCGUCCAGGUCUUAACUAAAUAGUGCCGACAGUAGCAUUUUACAGUGUUUGAGCCAAGCCCUGCUGUUGUUGUGUGCUCAAUCUGCUAACUCCAGGUGGAGCUCAGUGUGUAGGUGAGGUGUGUGUGGGCACUGGUUGGCUUCACAGUCAGUUGCUGGUAUUGCUCUCAAAAUUCAGACCUGUCCCAAAACCAGUGUCUGACGCUGCUGUCCACACAGCCCAGCUGACUUAGUGUGGUUGCAUAGCUUAUGGAACUAAAUUUGAUUCACUGCUUGCAUGUCAGGUUUCCUGGGUUUGUUCUGAUGGCAUUGUAUUAUAAACCCUCACACCUCAUCCUGUCUUCUUACAUUAUCACUGAGGCUCGCACUGCAUGACAACAGCCACAGAUGUUCUUUUUUGUUUAAUUCAACUCUAUAAAUAAAAUGAGAAUAACUUUUGUACCAUGUAAAAAUAAUUUCUCCUCUAUAUUUUUGGAAGAAGGCACAUAUUAUGUUUGUUAUGACUUUCUGCACCAACCAUUGGGAGAAGAGGUCACAGUGAGGAAAUGUCCAGAGUUGUUGAAGGAAACUGAGCUUGUGAUUCGGGAAGUGUGUAUUUCUGUAAAUGAAAUAAAUAACAUCACAAAGUUCUUGUUUAAAAGCCAGAAUUUCCCAACACUAAAAGAAUCAUAAGGUUUGUUUUUUUUCUGCAAGACAGCACUGUGAAAGAAGUUCCUUAAAAAACUGGGCAGUAGUUUCUCCUUGCAGCAUCAACUGUUUGGCUGACACUUGCAGAAGUAGAUCCAUCUUGGAGCGGAGGACAAAGGAGCUAAACUGUUAUCGCACAUCAAAGCUAUUGUAACACAACAAUCUUCUGUACAGAAGCAUGGAAGUUUUGCCUUUGAGGUAAAGAAUGGAAAUGAGUGAUCAAACAGAUUAUUUCAAGCAGAAUGUCAAAUGUUGAGAGACCUAGAGAGGGCCCCUUGGCCACAGGACACUGGAAAAGAAAAGAUUGCUCAAGGAAAUAGAAACCAAUCAGCUGAAUGUUGUUACCAAUACUAGAGUAAAAAAUACCGUAUAAAAUGUGCAUUUUGUACUUUCAGAUUGCAGUGGUGUGAGCACCCUUGUCUCACAGCUGGGUGCAAACAACCUGUUACAGCGGUACAUUGACUCCAUGUAACACAGAUUGUGUGAGCUUUAAUCUUUCAAACAGUAUUCAGCAGGAAGUAAGGAGAAUCUCUCACCUAAGAUAUCCAGGAGCACUUCAAGUGCAAAUUCAUGUACAUGGUUCUUCAUGUACAUUGGAAGAAAACAGGGAUCUUGUAGCCUGCAGAUGGAUGUGUUUGGACCAUUCAGUUAAAAUCUAAACCGGAGCAUUGGCAAAGAGGGGAGUAUUGGAAUAACUCAGGCAGAAGCAGGGCAUGUGUUUAUGGUCUCAGUGAGUAUGCAGCAGGUAGGUAUGCAGAUUAAAAAAGCAAAAAUGGAAACCGCAUGUCUUAAGAGAGUAACCUUUUAUGAGUGUUGCCAUUUUGAAAUACAGUUUGUCUAUGGUAAAUAUUCCGUAGUGUAAACUAAUGCAUGCAGAGGAAGACAUCUAAAUAUGGACUUCCAAAGCCACACAAGAGAGAGGGAAAUAUAAAACAGGCUGAACAGAAAGUAACAUUUCUAUCAGAUGCUUAAAGUUUGAGUUUUUUAUAAAAUAUUAAUCUAGUUCUGUGAAUUUUUUUGCUUAACAUUUAGUUUUUAAGUGACUUUGUUCUCCUUAUUUUUCUGUCCUAUACCAAAUAAAUUUUACUUUUAUUUAAUUGGUGGUGCAGACUGUUACAUUGAGGACAAACACAGUUACUUCUUUGACAAAAGCAAAGUUGGCUUUAGCAGGAGCAUGGCAGCGGGCCUGGCAGGAGCUGGGGUGAGCUGUUCCCCUCCUCUCCUGUCUGCCAUUGGACAGCAGCACAGCAGUAGUGCUCAGAGGACUUCGUCCUACAUGCAGUGAAGGACACCUGCAAAUAAGGAAAAAUAAUGAGUUUACUUUAGGAUAAAGAAUGAUUGAAUACCAGUGGUUUGUGAUGCUGUACUUGUAGGUGGCUGUUGGGGGAGCUGUGACCCUUGGCUCUUGGCAGGACAAGCUAGGCGCCUGCCAGGGGAAGAUGACAUGGAAAAUCACUGUAGUUAAGUGUAGAUUUUUGUUUGUUGUGUCUCCACUCAGAAGGGAGAAAGCUGCCAGGGAGUAAGAAACAAAUUAAACCCUCCUUUUGACUUUG